CUGCUGAGACAGGAUGAUACUGACCAAGUAUAUUUCGGAGGAAAGUGCCUCUGGGGUGUCGAUACCUGGCGGCUUUCUGCGAUGGCUCAUUAUUAAAGAAGUGUUGCCUAUAUUUGUGAAAAAGGAUUACAUUUACCAUGUUGUCGCUGCCUGAGGAUAUGGACUGUUACAAACAAGAGCGGCGGUGUAAGGCUUUGGAUAGAUGCCUGUGUAUCCUACACUCUUUCUUCGUGUCCUUCUCUUUGUUUUUUAAACCCUUUUGGGCUGCACGUUUUCUCAAAACUGUUGAAUUUAGCGCUCUUUGGACGUGAAGGACGUGUCGUUGUUGGUCGUCGGACAUGAGACAGUGAGGUGCAGAGACCUGUGGACAGGCGCCUUUUCGCAGACAGUAUGGUACAAUAUUUUGACAUAAGCGUUAUUUUUUGUGUUACGCACUAUUGCGCAUGCCUAGUGGAAGAUUCAGACCGCUGCCCGUUGCCACUUGGCUCCGUCCUGGCCGUGAUGUAGGAGCAAAAGUGAAGGCAGCCGAGGACUAAAUAAAAAAUGCGUUGGCAAAGUGGUAGCGUGGCGACCCAAGGAUUUGACUUUGGAUCCUUCACGAAAUAGACUGUGUCAUAAGCUGAAGAAUGUCCGGGCCGCCUCAUGCAGGGGCUGAAGGAGUAGUGGUCUCCAAAGUUAAAGUAAAAAAGGAGAUCAAGACAAUCGUGGAGAAUUUGGAAAACAUCCUGGGAGACCUCAAGGAUGUAGCCAAAGAGCUCCAAGAGGUUGUUCAUGAGAUUGACACCCUGACUGGGGACCUGCAGCUGGAGGAAGACGGACUGACAGACAGCUCCAAGACAGACACGCUAAACUCCAGCUCCAGCUCCACCACCACCACCACCGCCUCCAGCCUGGAGAAAAUGAAGAUCUUCCCCGAUGACUGCAUCUUCAGACCACCCGUGUUCUUCGGCCCGGUCAACCCUCUGGCGGUCCUGACUGUACUGAAGAAGCCCCGCCCUCCCCUGCCUCCACCCAGACUAACCCCACUGCGAGCCGAAGAUCACAACAUUAAGAAUCUGCCUCAUCCGACAUUAGUGUUAUCAGGGAAUGUAUCCAGGGCUACCGGGUCUCUAAUGAGGAAUGGCGGGGCUUUUCAAUUUAAACCAAACCGGGAUUUGUUCUCCUCCAUGCCGUGUUUCAUUGCUAAUGACAGUGGAAUCCCUGAGUCGGGUCUUGUUCCUACAUUACCCAGGCCCAUGCCUCUUCUCCGCCAUGAAAAGAACAAAUGCCGGAAGGCCCCUGGCAGGGAGUCUCGUGAGAGGGAGCGUGUACGUUUCAAUGAGAAGGUCCAGUACCAUGGCUACUGCCCGGACUGCGACCUCCAAUAUGAUGUAGACGACACAGAACUACAUUUACAGGCCGAGCUGAACGACAUGAGGCUCAGCCCAGUGCAUUUUUGCUCUUCGUACUCCACUCCUCAUGCUCUUCCUCAUGAACUAAUGUUGGAAAAUGGCGGCCUCUCGGUCAGCCACAGUUUCCCGCCAACAGCAAACACACCUCUACCUUGUGUGCCUCCUCACAUGCCUUCCCACAAGCCCCAGAAAACAAUCCUACGCAAAUCAACCACCACCACGGUUUGACGCCGAACCCCCUUGUUCUGUUUACUUUCAUCGUUUUUUCUACUUUAUGAGCGCUUUGUACUCCAAUUGAACAUUGGAUUAUACAAACAGAGAGAGCAGGAGUGGGGAAAAGCGUGGAUAUAAAGUGAGUGGAAGAAAGAGAAAGGCACCGCCAUGAGCGCUGAGACGUACACAGAGAGAUCAGGAAGAAGCGGGCCCAUUGAGAUACUUGAGAUACGAGUGGAAGGGAUGCUUGUUCCAUACACUGAUCUACCCUGGUUGUCCGAGGCACGAGGAGCCAGAGCUGACGCCAAGCAUCUACUUUUAUUUAUUUUUUAUAAAUCGCUAACGGAUUUCAAUCACCAGGAGAUCAUUUAGACACUUAUAGACUUAAAGAGCACUGAACAACCUCCAGGCAUAACAGUGUCAGGGCGAUAUAACUGUGAAACUGGGCAUCAGUAAGUGUGAGUGUAGAUGAAUUUAUAGAGGAGAUAUUUUUGUUAAAUAGAAAUAGCUGUAAUAAAGAUUAGAAAGCUGCUGAAACCCUGUCACGAAAGUAAAGAGGCAGGUUAAGAUGAAGAGGUACAAGAUGGGGUGAAAUGAUGUCGGCCAGUAUUUGAUUGAUGUCUACACAGACUUUUGCUCUGUGCAUACUCAGAUAGAAAUCAAUAGCUCCACUGAAGCAGUGGAAUUUGCCUUUUAAGAAUUGUAAUUGUUUGCCGGCGAGUGAGUCUCUCGACUGCAGAUAAGGAGAAAAAUGACAUUUGGUCAAUGUACGCCAUGGUCAGUCAUAGUGUAUUUUUGAAAGUUUUCAAAUAAAUGGAGAUGUGGUCGCUGAUCUGUGUCCAGACAUGUUCACCGUACAUCAAAAUCUAUGUGCUCUGGUGCCAUGUAAGAUACGUUUUGCAGAAAUACGUUAGUGCCAUAGUUACAGCUUUAAAAGAUCGUUGAAGAAGUAAUAAUUUGCAUCACAUUUUCUUUGUAUACAAAUACACAUAAACAUGUUUGAUAUCUAUAUAUUUCAGGCAUUUUUCUACAGAGACUUUAGCAUUUAAAGAGAUGAUAUUUUUUAUAUUGUGUGGGAUGACUGAGAGGUAUUUUGACGAAAGCUGACAUUCCCUCAAGGAGCGUUUUUUCAGCAGGGUAUAGCAUGAUGAGUUAUUUAUAUAUAGCAACAGGAUGUUGUUUGUAUGGAUGAAAAAAAGUGGUUCAGUCAUAUCACUUUAAGAAACUUGACAGAAUGGGCUGUAGUGCGAGAAGAACAUGUAAGGUAGAGAAGAUUAAAGGCGUAAACCAAAUACCUAGUUGUGCUUUAUCACACGGUAGAACUGGGGCUGAAUAAAUGCAUGACUGACUCUACACUUUGUCCUGCCAUCACUGUGUUUUUCUAUGCAUUUCUGUGGAGAGGCUGUCUGUUGGCUGCUCCAACAUGCAGGUUGCUCUGCUCUCUAUAAUACAGAGUUAAGCAGCACUCUCCCUCAUUUCCUCAUAUGAAGUCGCUGCAGCCACUUUAAAACUGUCAAAUGUCUACUUUGCUUCGACCAAUCAAAUACUGACAAUAAUACAUUUGAUUUUUAUAGCACUUUAUAAACCAGAGAUUAUAGAGUGUGCCAUCAGGACAAACUGAAUAUAAAGAAACAGACAAUAAGAGACAGGCAAUUUUUGUUCAAUAACAUUUGGAAAGGUACACUGGAGAGCAACAACACAGCCUCUCUUCAUAUUCAGACGGGAGGCAUCACACUUCUAAACUCCACCUCUUUGUUCUCACUGGACACAGAGACUGAAUUCAUGAAUGAAUCACUCUGGAUCAAUGAAUUUUAAGGAUAACGGGACUGUCUGAAAAAAGCUUUCGGUGAUAUUUUGUCGUGUUUUCACAAAAUGUUGGAAAAUACCCUGUGAGAAGUAAACACUUUACACUAAAUGUCAGUGUGUUUGUGUAUUUUAUGGACCGAAUGAUUCAAGUGCAGAAAUGGUUGAUUUUAUGUCUUUAGCAUUAGCUGUGGUCUUGAAAAAGCAUCUUCACAGUGUCAAGUCUUUGUGAACUGUGAGUUAAAUAGAAGAAAUUAAACCGGCUUCAAGAUCAUCACCCUUAAUCCAAGCUACCAAAACACAGUGU